AGUGCUUUCCAAAAUGGCGGACACUGGAUGAAAACAAAAUCUGCCUUGUCCAGAAUUUACCGUUUUUCUUCAUUUCACGGUACCUCACCCUUCCACAAAAAACACCAGCUAUGCCCAAGAUGGUAUUCUAACUCAGGGUGACAAAAUUUUUACAGUUGCAAUCGUACUUUUCCUUUAAACGGGUGAUUUUUCGAUAAAAAGAACCCGGCAGCUGUAUAAUUUUUUACAUGACAGCUGGCGUCGAAGUGAGCCUACUCUCUACGGAAUUUGUUCGUCGCUUUGUGAAUAAUUUCCUGGCUCAUAACCUAUGGAAGUAUCCGGACAUCCCGGCUAACUGACGGACGGUGUGUGGAGAGAUGUCCGAGUACAGCUUUGACGGCAGUGAAGACCAGGAAAGCGAGGACUGUCAACUCGUGAACUAUGCCCCAGACGUGCUGAGUGAGCUGGUAGAUGAUGUCAUCCUCGGCUUGUGUUUUGACGUCCAUCGCUCCUGUAAGAUGGGAACCUUCUUCGUGGAUGAUGUGGAUCCUGCAGAACUCAAAGAAUUUGAAAUAGUUGACCAGGUGGGCCUGGAUAUAUUUGGCCAGCCGGUUUCGUCCAAGAAACAGUACGAGUGUGAAUGUCCAAACUGUGGUCGGACCAUCUCUGCCAACCGGUUUGCUCCUCACCUGGAGAAAUGUAUGGGGAUGGGCAGAAACUCCAGCAGGAUAGCCAGUAAAAGGCUCCAAAACACAGGCAAGUGUGAGUCAGAGGGUGAUGAUGAUGAUGACAAUGACUGGACAUACGGAGAGAAGAAGAAGAAAAAGAAAAGUGACAAAAAAGCGAAUUCCCCUCGCCAGUCCAAGCCGUCCAAAUCCAGCAAGAAUGGAGACAUUCCCAGUGUGAGCAGUGUAGGGUCAGACAAGUCGUCUGGUGGUUAUGUGAACUAUGAGGCCAUGAGUAUUGAGGAGAGGAAGGCAGUGCUAAAACAGAUCUGCGGGGUGAUCUCGGAGCACACUAAGCGGAUGUGCACACGGUCCCACCGCUGUCCGCAGCACUCUGACGAACAGAGGAGACAGGUCCGGCUCUACCUGCUCGGCAAUGCUGCUAGCUCCCUGUUAGAUGAUGAUGUUCAUGUGGACAUUGAUGGUUAUGAGGACUCCCCGGUGGUGUCGACCCCGGCCCACCACCAAAACCUGCCUAAGAGGGACCACCUGGGUAGGUUCAUGUCAGCUCAGCAGGUGGCUGCCAUGGCGGCGGGUUUACCGUGGGACACAGCCUCCAACAGCUCCCCCGGCAGUUCUGUUUCCUCCAUGAGGGUUGUCCAACAGUGGGAGACUAUGGGGAUGACAACAGGUCCUGCCAGUAACAGUAGUGCUAGUGCUAGUACCAGUGCCCCUUCUAAGAAGAAAAAGAGUAAGAAGAAAGAAGGACACACCCACAAGAAGUCGAAAUCAAAGAAUCCUAUCUUACAACAGUACGACCUUCACUGACCUAUCCCAUCAUGCUCUAGUCCCAUGAUCCUCUAGUCCAUGACCCUAUGGGUGAUAUCACAUUACAUGUGUGACAAUGUUGGACAUAUGUACUGUAUAAUAAGUAAAA